AUGGAAGAAUUCGAUCGAGUUCCCAUUGACAUUCAAUCUACCAACAACCCCAGUUUGAGUCCCAGUAGCAGCAGCAAUGGUCAUACAUUGACCAUAUCUCCUGGAAUGACACAGUAUUGGACUCCUCACUGUGAAGACGAAAUCAGACCAGCAGUAGACAUGAUUUUUAAAACAUUGGAUGCUGGUAUUGAAUUCUACAAACAUUAUGCUUCCAAAGUUGGGUUUGACACGAGGUCUAGUUCCGUCGUUACAGCACGUGAUGGGACAAAAAUUCAAAAGCAAAUCGUUUGCAACAGAGAAGGAUUUAAGAAUACAGGAGCUCAACAUUGUCACUCGCAGUCAAGUGCAGAUGCAGGGGAUGGUCCUUCCCGUCCAAAGCGGCGAAGGGUUUCAAACAGAACUGGUUGCAGAGCUAGGAAUAUGUUUAAGUACAUUGGAGCAGCUGGGUACCAAGUUACCACUUUUAUUGAAAAACAUAAUCACAACAUGUCUUCGGUUCUGGCAAGGCAGUUUCUAAAGGGAAAUAGAAACAUCUCCAGUGUUCACCAGAAGUUUAUACUCGACUGCGCUAAAGCAAAUAUUGGAGCACCAAAAUCACACGGUUUAUACAGUCAGAUUGUGGGGGAUUACUCUGAAGUUGGAGCAACUGUAGUGGACUUUAAAAAUGUCAGAAGGGAUCUCAGAGCAUACAUAUUGGGAGCUGAUGCACAAAUACUGAUGAGCAGACUGUUUUGGGCAAAUCCAAUGUCAAAAAAGAAUUUUGCUGCAUUUGGAGAUGUUGUCUCUUUUGAUGCCACGUACUCAACAAACAGGUACGAUCUGGUUUUUACACCCUUCACCGGAGUUGAUAACCAUAAAAAAUGUAUAACAUUCGGUGCUGGACUACUGUUGAAAGAAGACAUUGAGUUUUAUGUUUGGCUCUUUGAAAAAUUUAAAAAGGCAAUGGGUAUGGAACCAAGAAUAAUUGUCACCGAUCAAGAUCCAGCUAUGAAAGUGGCGAUUCCAACAGUUUUCAAGCAAGCAAGGCAUCGUUAUUGCAUGUGGCACAUCAUGUGUAAAGUUUGGGAAAAGGUGGGUCCUACGCUGAACAAGGAUGAGGAAUUCAGGAACAAACUGAACUCAAUCGUUUGGACGUCAUCUUUGGAACCUCCUGAUUUUGAGAAGCAGUGGAGAGAGCUAAUGGAAAAGUACAACUUAGUCGAAUACAACUGGUUUAAAACUAUGUUUGAGGCUAGAAAGCAUUGGAUCCCAGCGUAUUUUAGAGAUGGCUUUAUGGGAGGACUACUCAGGAUAACUUCUCGUUCCGAAAGUGAGAACUACACGUACAACCGUUUUACUGGUCCCCAAUCAAGCCUAGUUGAAUUCAUGAUGAACUUUGACAGUGCUCUUAAAUCACAACAUAACACAAAUGCAAAGCUCAACAGUGACAACGAAGGGUACAAUCCAGAUAUGAAGACGCCUCUGGGGAUUGAAAAGCACGCUUCAAUCGUCUACACCAUUACUGUUUUCUAUCAAGUUCAGGAAGAAAUAUGUGCCUCCUGUUUCAAAUGUAUGGUGUUGAGUGUUAGAGAAGACGGUGGACUGUUGCACUAUGAUAUUAUGGAUGGAAAGAACAAAAGAUUUACUGUGGUGCACAAUGUAAAUGACCAUGAGGCCAAAUGCAGUUGCAAGAUGUUUGAGAUGGUUGGACUGUUGUGUAGACACAUAUUUGUGGUCUUUAGAGACCUUGAAAGGAUCCCUCUGAAGUACGUGGUUAAUCGGUGGACUAAGGAUGCAUCUUUAAAAGCUACAUUUGAAAUAGAUGGUGUGAUUUACAAUCAGAAUGGACCAAAGGAUGAAAAGAAGAUGUUGCUGAACAAAGUGUGGUCUGAUAUACACUGUUGUAUGGAUCUGGCAGGUUCAAACAUGGAGCAAUUGCCUGCAUUUUCCCAAGUGAUUAAUGAACAGAAACAGCUGCUACUGUCAGGAAAGGAUAAAUUGUCCCCUCAGCACAGCAGGAGGACUGUUAUAGAAUCAUAUUGUGGAUCAACCGAAAUUUCAGAGAUCAACAUACUUCCACCGAAACAUGCAAAGAACAAGGGCAUCGACAAGCGUAUCAAAAGCAGCAAGGAGUUGGCAAUGGAAAAAGAAGAGGGCAAGAGGUGCAAUUUUUGUGGUGUUAGAGGAGAUCACCAUGACACCAGGACUUGCCCACUUAACCCCAAAAGUAAGGACAAGCAAAAGGGUAAGAAAAAUGCAUAG